AGUGCCUCUGCUUCCGGCUCGAGUUCUUUCCCCACGCCGCCUUCAGCAUGUCCGAGACUGCGCCCGCUGCGCCCGCUGCUCCGGCCCCCGCCGAAAAGACGCCUGUGAAGAAAAAGGCGCGCAAGCCAGCAGGUGCCGCGAAGCGCAAAACGACCGGGCCCCCGGUGUCCGAGCUGAUCACCAAGGCCGUGGCCGCCUCCAAGGAGCGCAGCGGGGUGUCGCUGGCCGCGCUUAAGAAGGCGCUGGCGGCCGCUGGCUACGACGUGGAGAAGAACAACAGCCGCAUCAAGCUGGGGCUCAAAAGCCUGGUGAGCAAAGGUACCCUGGUGCAGACCAAGGGCACUGGCGCCUCUGGUUCCUUCAAACUCAACAAGAAGGCAGCUUCUGGGGAGGCCAAGCCCAAGGCCAAGAAGGCGGGCUCGGCCAAACCCAAGAAGCCCACGGGGGCCGCCAAAAAACCCAAGAAGGCUGCGGGCGCGGCUGCCCCCAAAAAGAGCGCGAAGAAGACCCCCAAGAAGGCGAAGAAGCCUGCUGCGGCUGCUGGCGCCAAGAAGGUGGCCAAGAGCCCCAAGAAGGCAAAAGCGGCCAAGCCCAAGAAAGCCCCCAAGAGUCCAGCGAAGGCCAAAGCGGUGAAGCCCAAGGCGGCCAAACCAAAGACCGCCAAGCCCAAGGCUACCAAACCCAAGAAGGCGGCGGCCAAGAAGAAAUAAAGUUCCUUUGGCCAGCUGCUCAGAAGUUCCACACAACCCAAAGGCUCUUUUCAGAGCCACCCACUGAUUUCAGGAAGAGAGCUGUUGCACAUUUUGGGGGCGUGGCCACUACGCGUGCGCCGUGGGGUAGAGUGGCUCCGGGAGGGCGGGGUCGACAGCCGCGCGCUUCGCUAAACACACUAACGCAGCCGGGGGAGAAUUACUAGGGGCGUCCCCUGCGUCAGGGUUGAGGUCUGCGGAGUACAAGAGUAGGAUUUACACAGCUAACCUUAAGGCUUGGUAGCUUCGCGGAAGUUAUUCCUACUACUUCCUAGAGGUGUGCAUUUCCACUCUGCUUUCAGAUCUGGAGGCGUGGCCUGUAAAAACAACCGUAAUUUGGGGGUACAAAAUUUACGAAAUGUGAACUCUUAGCAUCAAAGCGGCCAAGGCAUUCUUAACUAAAUUUGGAAUAGUAAGCUGUAAGGCUUCAGGUUAGCAGUUUGCUGUCCUCGCACAGAAUUCUCCUUUGCCGACUAGGUGAUUUCACUUAGCCACAAAUAAAAAUGUGACCGAU